AAGCCAACACAAGUAGAUCUGAGAACCGUGUCAACUUGUGGGAGCCUAGCAAGACAAAAAUAAUGGUUGCCUUACCCUAAAGAGGCCUACUUUUUCCACACUUCCACAGUUAUUUCUCUCUGUCUCUCUCCUCUCUACAUUUGUGGCUUUGAUCAAAGAAGAAUAGACCACACAAGGCACCAAAACCAACGUUUUCCUUUUUUCAUUCCAAAUACCAACGCCUUUCCCCUCAAAAAGGAAAGUAAAAUCCUCAAAGUACAAUUCACCCCUUUCAAAACCCUCACCACCCAUCACCAAAAUACACAAUUCCAAUAACAAACCACCCAUUUGUUCAUCAGUUUCUUUGUUUCAUCUCCUGCAGGAUCUGAAAGUGGAAAGAACAAUCAAUUUUCUCAUCACUUCAGAUACUACAAAUUCUUAACGAAACUAAAAUUAGCUAAUGCCUGCAUCAUACUUCUUCUUCUUCUAUCACAUGUCCAUCUCAAACUAGAAAGAAAUUAAAAAACCCACUUUUCUUUUGCUUUAAACCAAAAAAUAAAAAAACCAUAAAUAGUCAACUAUACAUAUCUUCAUUUCUUUCUCUUGCUUUUGUCUCAUCUUUCUUAGAGGAUAAAUUAAGGUGAAGAGAAGAAUAGAGACAUGGCUCGUGAGAAGAUUCAGAUAAAGAAGAUCGAGAAUGCAACGGCAAGGCAAGUUACUUUUUCAAAGAGAAGAAGAGGGUUGGUGAAAAAAGCUGAAGAACUCUCGGUUCUUUGUGAUGCUGAUGUUGCUCUUAUCAUUUUUUCUUCUACCGGGAAGCUCUUUGAGUACUCCAACUUAAGCAUGAGGGAAAUACUGGAAAGACAUCAUUUACACUCAAAGAACCUCGCAAAGAUGGAAGAACCGUCUCUCGAGUUGCAGCUAGUUGAAAACAGCAACUGCACAAGAUUAAGCAAGGAAAUUUCUGAGAAGAGCCAUCAACUAAGGCAGAUGAGGGGAGAAGAUCUUGAAGGUUUGAAUGUUGAAGAAUUACAACAAUUGGAGAGGUCUCUUGAAAUUGGGUUGAGCCGUGUAAUAGAAAACAAGGGAGAGAAGAUCAUGAUGGAGAUCAAUGAUCUCCAAAGAAAGGGAAGGCAACUAAUGGAAGAGAACAACCGACUAAAGCAACAUGUGGCUGGCAUAGUGACUAACGGUAAAAUGGUUGGAGGAGCUGAAUAUGAAAAUGUGGUUAUUACUGAAGAAGGUCAAUCGUCAGAAUCUGUGACCAAUGUUUACAACUCCACUGGUCCUCCACAGGACUAUGAGAGCUCAGACACAUCGCUCAAAUUGGGGCUUCCAUAUGCCGGAUGAAGGCAUAGACCUUACAGGCUUAUAUAAGAUUAAUGAACAAUGGUUCGGAUUGGCUAAAUUUCGUAGAUGAUUGUGGCUUUAAUCUUUAGCCAUAUAGUAAUUAAAUGUAGUAUGUAUAUGUAUUAGUAAUUUAGGGGCUAUUCUAGAUGGUCCUCCUUUCGGGAAUUGUUUACAAAAUGGACCUUGCUUGCCAUGUUUGCAUGAUGAUAUAAUUCUACUUUUAAGACAUCUGAUAAGAGCGUUUUCAUAUAUUCUA